AGCAUUCCCAGUUUACAAUAAACUCUAAGAUACUGUAGCAAGGUUGAAAUGAAGUUUUUUAGUUUUGUUUGCUUCCUUUGUGCUCUCCUUAUUAUCAGUGUUGUGGCAACCGAGCCAUCAAAAGAUGAUUUAUCAAAAACUAAUUUAAGUUGGUUAUCAAAAUGGAAAGUACAUUGGAAAUGGCCUGGCGGAGAUUUUAAUAUAGGUAAUCAAGGAGACGACGAAGACCAAGGUAAUGGAGACUCCAGCGACAGCGACAGCGACAGCGACGAUACUAAUGAUACAAGUAACAUCAGCGACAAAGACGAUUCUGAUUAUCCUACACACGGCGGUGAGAGAGACUACAGUGGAGGUGAGAGAGACUACAACGGUGGCGGUGGGAGAGACUACAACGGUGGCGGUGGGAGACACUACAACGGUGGCGGUGGGAGAGACUAUGGUAGAGGUGGGAGAGACUACAACGGUGGCGGUGCGAGAGACUACAACGGUGGCGGUGCGAGAGACUACAACGAUGGUGGUGAGAGAGACUACAAUGGUGGCGGUGCGAGAGACUACAACGAUGGAGGUGGGAGAGACUACAACGAUGGCGGUGAGAGUGACUACAGCGGUGGCGGUGGGAGAGACUACAGCGGUGGCGGUGGGAGAGACUACAACGAUGGCGGUGAGAGUGACUACAAAGGUGAAGAAGACGACGGUGAGGGAGACAAGAAUGAAAUAGGAUUUGGAGGUACUAUCAAUCUCUAGGGGAAGAUCUAGUGGAGGUAGUGGACACAUGAGACCUCCAUUGAAACUAGGCAUGUAUCUAUCUAUGUAUUGUAUAUAAUACAAUAUGUAAAAUAAAGCAUGUACUACUGUCAUUGGCAUCUAUCUACCCUUAAACUUAACCUUUUACGAUAUAUAUGUUUCAUAUCAUACUAUAUUGUUCAAGUUGUUAUAUUAAUUUUCAUCAAUAAAAUGGUCAUGUUAUGAAAUUCAAAUAA